AUGACACCGAAACAGGGAGCCCCGCCGAAACGGGCCGGGCAGGCUCGGGGCUCUCGCACGUCCCCGUCGGCGGGCCGAGCCCGGCGGGCUGAGGGCCUGACGGACGCCCCCACAGGGUCACCGGCCCGGGGCCACGGCCAACUUCCGCACCGAGCCCCCAGCCGCCCCUCCGGCGGCGACCCGGGGCCCACGGAUGACCCGCCCCCGGCCCCUCCCAGCGGCACCCGCGUCCAGCGCCGGACCGCGAGGCCCCAGGAUCGCUUAACGGCCCGGCCCUGGGGCCUCUUACCUGAGACGGAAGGGUCCGCCCGGAACCUUGGCGCGGCCGCAGCAGCGGCGCCGGAGGCGAGCCCGGAUGGUUUUUCCCAGCGCACCGAGGCCGACUCCGAGCUGUCAGCGGCGGCGGGGAAGCGCCCGCGCGCGAGCUCUGGGCGGAAGUCCAGAGGGGCGGGGCCGACUGGGGCGGGGGCGGGGGCCUCAGGUGGGGCGUGGUCAGGAGGGCGGGGCUUAUGGGCCUUCCUGGAGCACCUGACGCACCUGGCGCCCCUGCGCACCUGA